UAAUACCAUUCCUUUCGCAACCAAUAGAAACGUGGCAUCUCCAUAUCUGCCCCGCUAAAGACCUCGCCUUUAUGCUCUUUCCUUGGCAGCCACUUCUUUGCUCUCUUUUUCUUGUCGGAGAUCUCUCGGGCGGCGGAGAAGAAGGUUGUUGGACCGGAGGAGGGAGGUAGAAUAGAUCUACUGCAGGAGAGAGAGGGAGAGGGAGAAAGAGAGAGAUGAAGAUUCAGUGUAAUGCAUGCGAGGCGGCGGAGGCGGCAGUGCUCUGCUGCGCGGACGAGGCGGCGCUUUGCUGGGCCUGCGACGAGAGGGUGCACGCCGCCAACAAGGUUGCCGGGAAGCACCAGAGGGUCUCGCUCUUCUCCGAUGGCGCCGUUGGCAGCGGCUCUUCAACCCGCGGCGUCCCCAAGUGCGACAUCUGCCAGGAGGCCUCUGGCUUCUUCUUUUGCUUGGAAGACCGGGCGUUGCUUUGCAGGAGUUGUGAUCUUGCUAUCCACACGGCAAAUCCUUAUGUGUCUGCUCACCAAAGAUUUCUAGUAACAGGGGUGCGAGUAGGCCUUGAUCCCACUGAGCCAGUCGCACCUGCUGCAAGCCAGCAGUCGCAUUCCGCAGGAAGAGUUGUCGUCUCACUAUCCGAACACUUGCCUACAGGUACUCAUCUUGUGUCGUCAACUGAGACUAACGCAGUCUCAUCCAGCCAAAUAGCCAACCAAAACGGGGGUUUAUUGGUAAGUAAAGCCCCACUCUAUGGAUUCAGUAUGUCCGAGACUAUAUUGGAUUGGCCUUUGGACGAUUUCUUCGGCUUCCCAGAUUUCAACCAAAACUUUGGUUUCACGGAGCAUAGUGCUUCUAAGGCUGACAGCGGAAGACAUGGAAGCUCUCAAGGGUCGCCAACUUGUCGAUCCACUGACGAUGAUCGGAAUGCUGACGAAUGCUUGGGACAGGUGCCGGAGUUCCGGACGGUACCGAAGAUCCCACCCCCUCCCACAGCUUCAGGGCUCAGCUGGCAGAGAAACCGGCAUUACCCUGCAUCCAACAAUACCGUCUUUGUGCCUGACAUAUGUUCUUCGUACGAUCCUAAUAGUUUCGACGCAUCAGCUGGUUCAAAGCGUCGUCGACGGCAGUAGAAAGAGCAUCGGAGAUUAUUCAUGAUUUGAACGGGCAUGUCAUCGAAUAUGAUAUAGAUUUGUGCCUGACGUAUGUUUGCUCGGCACCUCAAUCGUUCAUACAAGUCAUAGAUAAUUCAUGGACCUUAUUAUACUGUUUCCAUGUAUCACGUGAGGCUAUAAAUACUCACCCGUAUCUCCUAAAUCUUGGGAGCUUGUGG